GGCGCGCAUCUGCCCGCGGCCCCGCUGCGCUCUCCCUGAGCUCCGCACCCGACACCUCCCGCAGGGCCAUGGCCUCGGCGCUGCGCUGCGCGCUCCUGUGCGCGCUGCUGUGGGCGCAGCGCUCAGCGCCCUCCCAAGCAGGAGGGUGCAAAGAGCUGGAGCUCUGUGAGACCUGCACCAGCAGCCCUAGCUCACACAACAGCACCGGCUGCAUCUGGGUGCACUGUGGGACCCCCGAGGAGCCAGAGAAGGGGAGCUGCAUGCGGAGAGGGGUGGCCAUGAGGGAAACCUGUGUGCUCUACAACACCAGCACCCAGUGCCGAGCGCUGAAGUCCCCCACUGAAGAGCCCCCACGGUCCCAUGGCAAGGAGCACACAACGACACAUGCACCAAGGACUACCAGCACCAGCGCCCCAUUGACAGGCAGCCCCGAGUUCCACCCUCCUGGCUUCGACACCGCCAGCUUCGUGGGAGGCAUCGUGCUGGUGCUGAGCGUCCAGGCUGUGCUCUUCUUCAUCAUCAAGUUCAUCAAGUCCAAGGACAGCACCUACCAAACGCUGAUCUGAGGCCCUCGUCCUCCAUGGGGCAGGCAGAGAAGAGGAACUGCCUGCUGCCUGCUGCCAGCAUCCCUGCCUGCUGCCAGCAUCCCUGCCUGCUGCAGGACUGCCCUGUCUCCCCCACGGGCACAGGGCCCCACAGGGCCCCACAUCACAACUAUGCAACUGGCUCUGCCCUGGGGGGCACCAGGCUGGGACUUGUCACCCAUGGGGAUGCUCCAGGCUUGUUGCACCCAACGCAGGCAGGCACAGGAGGCCCAUCCAGCCCUAAAUCCAAGCCUCAGG